AUGUAUCUGGUCCGUGGGGGUUCAGAUAUAAAAGAGAUAGCCAAUCGUCUUUACCAAAAAGAAGUUCUUCUUACUGAAGAAGUACAAGACCAGCUCCUACAAUGUCUAGAUACUUUGAAGAAAAGGAUCGAGCAUGAAGGUCCUACUGGCAAAAGGUUCUACAUCUACAAAACGUUGCAAACUCAUAUACUGCCUCUUACUAAUGUGGCUUUUGACAAAUCUGGGAAAAGAUGCAUAACGGGCAGCUACGACCGGACCUGCAAGGUAUGGGAUGUGGAUUCUGGGAAAGAGUUGAAGACACUAGAGGGUCAUCAGAACGUUGUCUACUCCGUAGCCUUCAACUUUCCUACAUGGUGUGGUUAA